UCUCGCCCUGCCUGCGCUUUAAGUUCCAGUUCAGGCCGCGGGGGAGUAGCUUGUGGUUGGGGCCUCGUUCCGCCGGUGACGCAGGCGCUGCGCGAGCGGCGCGCGCCUACCGCCCAUCCUCGGCUGUCCCACUUUCUCUUCGUCUCCUUGGCCUCCUCGCUGAGAGCCCCGCGUCUCCCUCUCGCCGUCCGCGCCGCCCUCACCGCGCGCGCGAAGCAAGAGGCAGGCCCAAGUCUCCUGGAAAACUAGCCUGCGGGAGCGCGAGGCUAACGGCCGCGACCGCUCCCAGGUCCCCUCAGAGCGCGCCAUGGGUGACAGCGAUGACGAGUAUGACCGAAGGCGCAGGGACAAGUUCAGAAGGGAGCGCAGCGACUACGACCGUUCUCGGGAAAGAGAUGAAAGACGUCGAGGGGACGAUUGGAAUGACCGAGAGUGGGACCGUGGCCGGGAGCGCCGCAGUCGGGGUGAAUAUCGGGACUAUGACCGGAAUCGGCGAGAGCGCUUUUCUCCUCCGCGCCAUGAGCUCAGUCCCCCACAGAAGCGCAUGAGGCGAGACUGGGAUGAGCACAGCUCUGACCCAUACCACAGUGGCUAUGAGAUGCCCUAUGCUGGGGGGGGUGGGGGCCCUACUUAUGGCCCCCCUCAGCCCUGGGGCCACCCAGACGUCCACAUCAUGCAGCACCAUGUUCUGCCUAUCCAGGCCAGACUUCCUGACCGGGCCCCCCCCAGGCUGGGCAGCAUCGCAGAGAUUGACUUGGGUGUGCCACCACCGGUGAUGAAGACCUUCAAGGAAUUUCUUCUGUCAUUGGAUGACUCUGUGGAUGAGACAGAGGCUGUAAAGCGCUAUAAUGACUAUAAGCUGGAUUUUCGAAGGCAGCAGAUGCAGGAUUUCUUUUUGGCUCAUAAAGAUGAGGAGUGGUUUCGGUCUAAGUACCACCCAGAUGAGGUGGGGAAGCGUCGGCAGGAGGCCCGGGGGGCCCUGCAAAACCGACUGAGGGUAUUCCUGUCCCUUAUGGAGAGUGGCUGGUUUGAUAAUCUUCUCCUGGACAUAGACAAAGCUGAUGCCAUCGUCAAGAUGCUGGAUGCAGCUGUGAUUAAGAUGGAAGGAGGGACAGAGAAUGAUCUGCGCAUCCUGGAGCAGGAGGAGGAGGAGGAGCAGGCAGGAAAGCCUGGAGAGCCCAGUAAGAAAGAGGAAGGCCGGGCUGGACCAGGCCUGGGGGAUGGAGAGCGCAAGGCCAAUGAUAAGGAUGACAAGAAAGAAGACGGCAAACAGGCUGAAAAUGACAGUUCUAAUGAUGACAAAACUAAGAAAUCUGAGGGUGAUGGGGACAAGGAAGAGAAGAAAGAUGACUCUGAGAAAGAUGCCAAAAAGACUAGCAAGAAGCGGAACAGGAAGCACAGUGGUGAUGACAGCUUUGAUGAAGGCAGCGUGUCAGAGUCCGAGUCAGAGUCAGAGAGUGGCCAAGCUGAGGAAGAGAAGGAGGAGUCUGAAGAGGCACUAAAAGAAAAGGAGAAGCCCAAAGAAGAAGACAGAGAGAAGCCUAAGGACACUCCUGGGUUGGAAUGUAAACCUCGGCCCCUCCAUAAGACUUGCUCCCUCUUUAUGCGCAACAUCGCACCCAACAUCUCUCGAGCCGAGAUCAUUUCUCUUUGUAAAAGAUACCCAGGCUUCAUGCGUGUGGCACUGUCAGAGCCCCAGCCUGAGAGGAGGUUUUUCCGCCGUGGCUGGGUCACCUUUGACCGCAGUGUUAACAUCAAAGAGAUCUGUUGGAACUUGCAGAAUAUCCGACUCCGGGAGUGUGAGCUGAGCCCUGGUGUGAACAGAGACCUGACCCGUCGAGUCCGCAACAUCAAUGGCAUCACCCAGCACAAGCAGAUAGUGCGCAACGACAUCAAACUGGCCGCCAAGCUGAUCCACACGCUGGAUGACAGGACCCAGCUCUGGGCCUCUGAGCCUGGGACACCUCCUCUGCCAACAAGUCUGCCCUCCCAGAACCCAAUCUUGAAGAAUAUCACUGACUAUCUGAUUGAAGAAGUGAGUGCGGAGGAGGAGGAGCUGCUGGGGAGCAGUGGGGGGGCUCCCCCUGAGGAACCCCCUAAGGAAGGGAACCCAGCAGAGAUCAAUGUGGAGCGAGAUGAAAAACUGAUCAAGGUUUUGGACAAACUCCUUCUCUAUUUGCGCAUUGUGCAUUCCUUGGAUUAUUAUAACACUUGCGAAUACCCCAAUGAGGAUGAAAUGCCCAACCGAUGUGGCAUCAUCCAUGUUCGGGGGCCUAUGCCGCCCAACCGCAUCAGUCAUGGAGAAGUGCUAGAGUGGCAGAAGACGUUUGAGGAGAAGCUGACUCCAUUGCUGAGUGUACGGGAAUCUCUUUCCGAGGAAGAGGCUCAGAAGAUGGGUCGCAAAGACCCUGAGCAGGAAGUGGAAAAGUUUGUCACCUCUAACACCCAGGAACUGGGCAAGGAUAAGUGGCUAUGCCCUCUCAGUGGCAAGAAAUUCAAGGGCCCUGAGUUUGUACGCAAACAUAUCUUCAACAAGCAUGCAGAGAAGAUUGAGGAAGUGAAGAAGGAAGUGGCAUUUUUUAACAACUUUCUCACUGAUGCCAAGCGCCCAGCUCUGCCUGAGAUCAAGCCAGCCCAGCCACCUGGCCCUGCCCAGAUACUCCCCCCAGGCCUGACCCCGGGACUCCCCUACCCGCACCAGACUCCCCAGGGCCUGAUGCCCUAUGGUCAGCCCCGGCCCCCCAUCUUGGGGUAUGGAGCUGGUGCUGUACGCCCUGCAGUCCCCACGGGAGGGCCUCCAUACCCUCAUGCCCCCUAUGGUGCUGGCCGAGGGAACUAUGAUGCCUUCCGAGGUCAAGGUUAUCCUGGGAAGCCUCGGAAUAGGAUGGUCCGAGGAGACCCACGGGCCAUCGUGGAAUACCGUGACCUGGAUGCUCCAGAUGAUGUGGACUUCUUUUGAGCCAUUUACUUUUCCUCACUCCUGGUAUCGUCUAGAAUUGUGACUGCCUCAUCCCAUCCAGCUGAGAAUUUUUUUGUACGUCCAACCCUACUGCCAAUAAAAGCACUUCCAUAGUGAUUGA